AUGAAGUCUAUACUAAUUAUUGCUUUCUUUGUAGUUAACGUUACGGCAGCUGAUUACGCUACGAAGAAUCAGUAUGACUCAGGAUACGCCGUUCAACCGACUUACCCGCAACAAUCGCUAGAUAUUUUGGAAACUCUUAGAAAAAAUGGCUUUACAACGUUCGUCGAGCUGAUUGAGAUGGCUGGUUUAGAGAAAACCUUUUCUGACGACACAACUUUCAUCAUAUUGGCGCCGAAGAAUGAAGCCUUCGCAUCCAUCGAUCCUACAGUUCUAGCAGCCAUUCUGAAAGAUAUUUCUCUGUUGAGAGACAUUCUUCUCUAUCAUCUGGUGCUUUUCAGGCAAACUUGUAGCAUCCUGUCUGCCAUCUUUGUUGAACUAACUCUUAACACUGCCCAAGAUGAAGUUAUGCGUUUCAACGUAUACCGAAACCAAGGGCCUUCCUAUGCUACCGAAGAGAUAGUAACAGCUAACGGAGUACCACUUUUACAAGCUGUACCGAUAGGUACAAACACUAUCUACCCCAUUGAAAAGGUUCUCAAUCCAAAAGACUUAUCGCCCAACAAUACCUACAUCAAUUUUUUGAGCAGCAACAAAGAUCUCUCCAUCUUUCUACGCAUAUACGAAGUAUUGGGUAUCGCCCAAAAUAAUUUCAGAGCUCGUUCGAAAACGUGGUUUGUUCCGACCAACGCCGCCUUCAAAGCGCUUCCACCUGGUGUUCUCGAUUCCUUUUUUGCCGACCCCAAAAAAUUGGUUGUGCUUUUAAACAUGCACGUCGCUUCUGGAACGUUUUACACAGCCGGACUCACUAACGGUCCCCUCAUCGUUUUUUCAGGCGUCCCGGUGGAUAUUAACAAAACUCCCUAUGGUAUUACCGUGAGCAAUGCUCAAAUCAUUGAGCCGGACAUAACGGUGUUUGAAGGAGUUAUACACGUUAUCAAUUCGGUUAUUCAAGUCGAAGAAACUUGCUUGAACCGGCUGCAUUAACAAUGCAUAUUUCAAAUGCUGGGCAAUGGAA